AUGGAAGCUUGCUCCUCUCAAGGGAAAUUUAAUGUCACCACGUACAAUGCCAUGUCAAUGGCCAUCAUCACCCUCCAGACAUUUGCUGGCAUGUGGAUAAAUGCUUUCAUUGUUUCUGUGCUUUGUGUUUCUUGGGUGAAAAAGAGAAGCUUUAACUCUAAUGAGAAGAUCUUGCUCUUCUUGGGAUGUGUCAGGUUUUGCUAUUUUUGCAUCACCUGGGUGUAUUCCUUUCUUAAAAUACUGUAUCAGUGUCGCUUCUAUGCUCACCACCUAGCCCAGUUGUUUUCAGCUAUUCAAAGUUUCUUCAGCUUUUCAAAUUUGUGGGUCUCUGCCUUUCUGUCUGUGUUUUACUGUAUCAAAAUUGCAAAUUUCCAGCACACCUUCUUCAUCUACCUGAAAAUGAGAAUUGACAGGAUCGUGCCAUGGCUAAUGUUGGCUUCAGUCCUUGUAUCUCUUGUCAUCAGCUUCCUCAUCUAUGGGAUUGCAGAUGAAGCACUCAAUAACAACCACAAUUCCACUGCACCAGGAAAUAUCUGGAAAUUAAAUAUCAAAAUGGAUCGACGUUUUUUCCCUAUUUUUUUCAUCAGUGGCUUUGAAUAUGUGGCUGCAUUUAUAGCAGUAAUCUCUUCUGCCCUUCUCCUGCUCUUUUCUCUCUGGAGACACAAACACAAGAUGCAGGCAAAGUCAGGGAAGAACGUCAGUGUGGAUGCCCAUAUCAAAGCCAUGAAAUCAAUUCUCUCCUUCUUACUAAUUUACAGCAUCCAUUUUAUAUGUGCAAUUAUGGAACUGAUUUAUGCCACAAAGAAGGCAACGGCUGUGAUGAUAGUUAUUUCAUUAUUUAAGCAUUCAUUUCCAAGUAUUUAUUCCCUUAUUCUGAUAUUCAGCAACCCCAAACUUGAAGAGACACUGAUAAGGACCCUGUCCUGUCUGAAGUGCAAGAUUUGCAUGAAGUAG